ACACACACACUGGGGAUGGGACUGGGGAUGGGACUGGAGACCAGUUGCAGAGGUCUGAGGACUAGUUGUAGAGGUCUAGGGACUAGUUGUAGAGGUCUAGGGACUAGUUAUAGAGGUCUGGGGACUAGUUGUAGAGGUCUAGGGACUAGUUGUAGAGGUCUGGGGACUAGUUGUAGAGGUCUAGGGACUAGUUGUAGAGGUCUGAGGACUAGAUGUAGAGGUCUGGGGACUAGUUGUAGAGGUCUAGGGACUUGUUAUAGAGGUCUGAGGACUAGUUGCAGGGGUCUAGGGACUAGUUGUAGGGUUCUAGGGUCUUGUUGUAGGGGUCUAGGGACUUGUUGUAGGGGUCUAGGGACUUGUUGUAGAGGUCUAGGGACUUGUUGUAGGGAUCUAGGGACUUGUUGUAGGGGUCUAGGAUCUUGUUGUAGAGGUCUAGGGACUUGUUGUAGUGGUCUAGGGACUUAUAGGGGUCUAGGGACUAGUUGUAGAGGUCUAGGGAGUUGUAGAGGUCUAGGGACUUGUUGUAGGGGUCUAGGGACUUGUUGUAGAGGUCUAGGGACUUGUUGUAGGGGUCUAGGGACUUGUUGUAGAGGUCUAGGGACUUGUUGUAUGGGUCUAGGGACUUGUUGUAGGGGUCUAGGGACUUGUUGUAGAGGUCUAGGGAGUUGUAGAGGUCUAGGGACUUGUUGUAGGGGUCUAGGGACUUGUUGUAGGGGUCUAGGGACUUGUUAUAGAGGUCUAGGGACUUGUUGUAGUGGUCUAUGGACUUGUAGGGGUCUAGGGACUUGUUGUAGAGGUCUAGGGACUUGUUGUAGGGGUCUAGGGACUUGUAGGGGUCUAGGGACUUGUUGUAGGGGUCUAGGGUCUUGUUGUAGAGGUCUAGGGACUUGUUGUAGGGGUCUAGGGACUUGUUGUAGAGGUCUAAGGACAAGUUGUAGAGGUCUAGGGACUUGUUGUAGAGGUCUAGGGACUUGUUGUAGGGGUAUAGGAACUUGUUGUAGAGGUCUAGGGACUUGUUGUAGGGGUCUAGGGACUUGUUGUAGAGGUCUAGGGACUUGUUGUAGAGGUCUAGGGACUUGUUGUAGAGGUCUAGGGACUUGUUGUAGAGGUCUAGGAACUUGUUGUAGAGGUCUAGGGAAUUGUUGUAGGGGUCUAGGGACUUGUUGUAGAGGUCUAGGGACUUGUUGUAGGGGUCUAGGGACUUGUUGUAGAGGUCUAGGAACUUAUUGUAGAGGUCUAGGGACUUGUUGUAGGGGUCUAGGGACUUGUUGUAGGGGUCUAGGGACUAGUUGUAGGGGUCUAGGGACUUGUUGUAGGGGUCUAGGGACUUGUUGUAGAGGUCUAAGGACAAGUUGUAGAGGUCUAGGGACUUGUUGUAGAGGUCUAGGGACUUGUUGUAGGGGUAUAGGAACUUGUUGUAGAGGUCUAGGGACUUGUUGUAGAGGUAUAGGAACUUGUUGUAGAGGUCUAGGGACUUGUUGUAGGGGUAUAGGAACUUGUUGUAGAGGUCUAGGGACUUGUUGUAGGGGUCUAGGGACUUGUUGUAGAGGUCUAGGGACUUGGGAAUAAUGUAUAUUGA